GCCAAAACAUUUAAAUGGAAGACUCUUGCAUUUUUGUUGAAUGCGGUAAUUGAACGCAUAAUGAGUUGAGAUGGAGACUGAUGUAAUAUCAGGACAGUGAUAACAGGUGACUCCUCCUCCGAGCGGCGCUUUACGUACAGACGUAAACACGUGCUGAUCCUUCACACAGGUCUCUGUUGGUCUUCACUUUGCUCCAUCCCUCUCCUCCCUCACCAUUCAGCAACAGCACCAGAGAUGGCGGAACACAUCACAGCGGCGCUCUCUCCAGCCGUGAGCCCGAGCUCCGAGCCGCCGUCCGGUGCGCUCACUCCCACAGAAGGCGGAACGCAGCGGCUCCUGUUUACGCAUGACCUGGUCUCCGGAAAACACGGCGGAGCGAUGCGCUUCGGGCUUGUACGAAUGAUUCACGGCGAGGAGGAUUUUGAGGAUUCAGACUCGGAAAUUGGCGGAGGGAGAGGAGGAGGAGGUGGUGGUUGUGGUGGUGGCGGCGGCGGCGGCGAUGGUGGAGGCGCUCGCAGCAACUCAGACAACGAGAGUGGGGCGGCGGACACACGGUCAUGGCCUCUCGGAAGAGGGUUCGUGCGAGUUCAGUGGUAUCCCGAAGGGACGAAGCAGGAUGUUCGGGAAACGAAGUGAGUUAAGGAUGGAUUGAAGUGAACCGAAAGGUGA